AACUCAUCAAGCGGAUUCGCGCAUUGACAUUCAAAUUAUUACCCGUCCAAGUCGAAAUAGACACACUCUCAGACCCAACAUCUAGAGUUAUUACUCCCAAGGUCAUCAGUGCGUACGCCAAGGCCGCGGGAGACUUCGGGGAGGCGGAUGCGAACCACAAUGCGGCGGAUUACGAUGAACACAUGGGGAGAGCUAUUGCCUGUGAGGUCUUGGCUCGUCGUAUUGUUCAUAAUGCCCCACCGGAGCGUCUCAACUCGAUCAUGUCAACACGGUUCCGACAUGAAGAAUGGGACGGAGAUGAAAGCAACUUGAGCUCUGCAUUGGAACUGGCCAUUGAUUCGCACUGCACCAUAUUUCUUUCUUCAAAUGAAGCGCAAUUUGGCAAGUCAAUUCUGAACACGCGAACUGACCGUCUUCCAGGCGAUUGGGUUCAGAAAAACAAUCCAGAUCAUGACAUUGAUUAUGUCUCAUAUAAGGAAGUGGAAGACAAGACUUGGUGGAGACAUAUAGAUCCUUCACGAUUGUCUGUCCCUCGGUACCAAAACACUUUCCGAAUCCUCAUUUGGGUCUUUUUCCUGUUCAUCUACUCUCAAGCUG